GGUGGGGGUGGAGUGAUGCAUCGAAGGUUGCUCCAUAGACUAGAAAGAGAGAGCAGUGGCCUGCAGGAACAAGAUAAAGAAGAAAAUGGCAACAAAUGUCGAUCUGGGCCCAGAUGACAAGUGGAACCGGUAUGAGGUUCUUAUCUGGCUCAAUGACAUACUGGAAACUGAGUUCACGCAGGUGGACCAGAUAUGUUCAGGUGCAUGCUUUUGCCAGUUGAUGGACUGGCUCUUCCCAGGAUCCAUCAACAUGAGCGAAGUAAAUUUCCAGUCCCAAAACGAGGCAGAUUUUCGCCAGAACUACACUAUUCUGCAAGCAGGCUUCAAGAAAAUGGACGUCACAAAAACUAUUGACGUGGAAGAGCUCAUCAAGGGGAAAUUCAGAGCUAAUUUUACCCUUCUAAAGUGGUUUAAGAAAUUUUUUCAAGCUAACCUGAGUGGCCAGGUUUAUAACCCAGCAGAGGCACGCAGGGGUCAAACGAUUGCACCUGCUAAACCAACUUUUAAUACUCCCAAGAGCUCAAAAGACAGGAGAAGCAUCAAUACCCCUGGAAAAGGAAAAGAAGACUCUGACACGGAUCUGGAGCAGGACAAAAAGAGCUAUACUUAUGACCCCAAGUGGCAAGAAACCUUCAAAUGGGUCAAGCCCAGCACUCAGGGGGACACCUAUGCACACUGCACACUCUGUGAUAUGAACAUUUAUGUGCUUCACUCAGGAUCACUUGACUUGAAAUGUCACCAGCAGUCCAGGAAGCACAGGAUUGCUGAAAAAAAGGAACUGUCAGAUAAGGCUUUCAGCUGUAGUGAACUCAUGCUGCGCUUCAUUCAAACCCACUGUCUACCAACGGGCGCUAACAAGGUCUCCCAGCAAACUGCCAGACAUGUUCUUGGAUUACAGUACCCAAAAGACAUUUCUGCUGCUGCCAAGCAGAAUCCGUACUGUGUCUACUUUUACGGAAAAGUAGCGUUAGGCGAGGAGAGUGAGGAAGAGAAUCUUGCCUGUGUUGUACUUUUAGGUUUCUUUGAUGAAAAGGCUGCAAAGCAUCGCAUACGAAUCCUAGAUGUUUUUAAGUUUGUAGACUCUGUUGAUGACAUGAUCACAUCUUUGGUAGGUACCCUGGAAAGAUUUGAGGUACCUACCAGCAACAUGGCAGCUUUUUACGUUGAUGACCAGGAUGAGAUAUCUGCGAAGGUUGGCGCAAAGCUAAAGGAACUCUGUCCCAAAGUGGUGGCGCUGGGUGGUCUUUAUGACUUGGCCAACUCAGCCUGCCACACUGGUGUAACGGCCCUCUCCAAAGAGGUUCAAGAACUGGUUAACAACAUUCAUGAGCACUACUCCACUUGUUCUACAAAAAACAACAAUCUCAAGGAACUUUUUGCGGGUUUCAGCAGCUUCAACAGCUCAGCCCCACCCCUCUCCAGCAACUGCAAGUCUUUCUGCGGUCUCGUCCACAGGGUGCUCGAAAUGUGGACGGACUUGAUCACAUAUUUCAGUUCUUGCAGCGAGAAUGACGACAAAGCCAAACACAUCUGCUCUCAACUUCAAAACCCAAAACUCAGGCUCACAUUCAUGUUCCUGGACCAUGGCCUUGGACCACUUAAUGCCUUUAACGAUCGCCUGGAACGCCGUGAGGGUUCAGCUCGUGCAGACCUUGUACAAAUCCUACGGGAAGCUAGUGGUCUGCUGCGCUCUUAUGCCUCCAGUUUUCUUCAUCCUCAGGCUGUUGUACGUUUUUUGAAGGAACGAGAUCCGGCUGUUCUCGAAAACACCAAGUUAUACCUUCCUAGCACUGAGGUCAACUUUGGUGGGGCGGCAGUGGAGGACUUUCUCUCUGAAAAAGAAGCAGAACUGGCGGACUCUCUUAAGGCCUUUCAGGAUGAAUGUUUGGAAUUCUAUAAAGCGCUUACAGCUUGCGUAGCUGAGGGACUUCCCUUGAGUGAUGGCAUCCUGAGGAGUAUGUCUCAACUUCUUAGCCCAGAUGGCAGGCUAAAGGUCACAGGCAAGGCUGUCACAGACCUCGGUGCCCAGUUCGGCCUUGCUGCUACAGCAGAGGCUUCUGCACAACUCAGGGAUGAGUUCCUGGAAUACCAGCUGAUUGAAGAAGGAGAUAGUGAAGUGAAAGAAACGAAUGGACACAGUGAAGGCACCCCAGCUGAUGUACCUAACCGUUCCUUAGAGCAACACUGGAGCUGUGUCCUGAAGACCAUUGGGCAAGACUCUGCCUUCAAGAGACUCAUCCUUAGCCUUUUGGCUUUGCCCUGUCCACCUCUUGAAGCGGAGAAAGUCUUUGCUCAGGCAGUAGAGAAUGGAGAUACCAGCCGAUUAGAUGAGAGCUUGGCUGACAGCGACUCUGAUAACCCCAAAAUCGUGGAAUCAACCAACGAUGAUUCAUCUUCAGAACUCGCCAGCACUAUGACAUCACCUGCCAUAAACGGCAGGAGGAGGAAGACAUCAAAGAUGGUUGACCUCUCAGACUCAGUGAAGCCGUGCACGGUGCGACUGCAGAAGAUAACCACUAGGAGAGAGAUGGGCAAAGAUGGAAAAAUGGUCUUUGUUGAAGAUGAUAUAGCUUGGUCUAGUUCUUCCAAACCAGAGGACUCUGGUAGGGGGAUAUUCGGUUGGGAAAGCAGUUUGCGUCAGAAGCCACAGGCACGUACUGUCUUUCAGGCUGGCUCGGGCACCUGGGAGCAACCACAGAAUAUGGAUAAGAAGGAAGAGGUGGGGAAAAACGAUGCAGUCUCAGGUCUCCAGGUUUCCAGUCCCAGAUCUGGAAAGAGAGGACAGAUGUACCAGGAUGGGAAGGGUUUUGGUGUGGGUGAGCUGGUGUGGGGGAAGGUGAAGGGCUUCUCCUGGUGGCCUGGGCUGGUUGUGGCCUGGAAGUCCAAGAACUCUCCCCCAUUGAUGAGACGUGUGGAGUGGUUUGGAGAUGGGAUGUACUCUGAGAUUUACACAGAGAGACUUUUGCCUUUUGCUGCCAUUGCAAAGUGCUUUUGCAACAAUUCCUAUGCCAGCCUGCCUGCCUACAAAGAUGCCAUUUACCAAGUUCUUGAGUUGGCCAGUGAGCGUUGCUCAAAGACGUUUAGCGCCACUGGGAACAAAGAGGAGGAGGCGAAGGCUAUGCUGAGCUGGGCUUUUGAGGGCUUUCAGCCGACCGGCCCUGAGGGAUUCACACCACCUAGUUCCUAUGAUUCAUCGGCCAACCAAAAAGCAUUGCAGGAGUCUUCAGACUCGUCUGUGUCGGAUUAUCAGCCUCCAGCCAAGAGGAAGUAUGUUUACAAGAACAGACCCUCCACCACUGUACAGGACUACACCAGAGAACAAAUGGCUCAUGAAGUCACAGCUAAAGGGAGAAAGAUUGAAGAUUUCUGUCUGUCAUGUGGAACUGCCAACAUUGCCAUUUUCCAUCCGCUGUUCGAAGGGAGCCUUUGUUUAAAAUGCAAGGAGAACUUUACUGAGACCCUGUUCAGGUAUGAUGAAGAUGGAUACCAGUCGUACUGCACUGUGUGCUGCGCCGGGCUGGAGGUCAUUCUUUGUGGCAAUGCCAGCUGCUGCAGGUGUUUCUGUAAGGACUGUUUAAAUGUGCUGGUUGGGCCAGAAACGUUUGAUAAGCUGAAAGAUGUAGAUCCAUGGAGCUGCUACAUCUGUCUGCCCCCCAAGAAAUAUGGCAUACUCAAACUGCGACCAGACUGGAGCGUUCGCGUGCAGGAGUUCUUCGCCAAUAACAGUGCCUUCGAAUUUGAGCCGCACAGAGUCUACCCAUCAAUUCCAGCCCAUAAGCGCCGCCCAAUCAAGGUUCUCUCCCUCUUUGAUGGAAUUGCCACAGGCUACCUCGUUCUAAAAGACCUCGGCUUCAAGAUAGAGCGGUACAUUGCUUCAGAGAUCUGUGAGGACUCGAUUGCAGUGGGGAUGAUCAAGCAUGAGGGAAAGCUUGAAUAUGUUAAUGAUGUUCGCACCAUCACUAGAAAACAUCUUGCUGAAUGGGGACCAUUUGAUCUCCUCAUUGGUGGCAGUCCCUGUAAUGACCUGUCCAUGGUGAAUCCAGCCAGGAAAGGCCUCUUUGAGGGAACAGGUCGACUGUUUUUUGAGUACUACCGCAUGCUGACCAUGAUGAGGCCAAAAGAGGAUGAUGACCGUCCGUUCUUCUGGCUUUUUGAGAAUGUGGUAGCCAUGAGUGCCCACGAUAAAGCUGACAUCUGUCGCUUCUUAGAGUGUAAUCCGAUCCUGAUCGAUGCUGUGAAAGUGAGCCCUGCUCACAGAGCUCGCUACUUCUGGGGCAAUCUACCUGGAAUGAACAGACCACUGGCUUCCUCACUUACUGAUAAACUGGAUCUGCAAGACUGCCUGGAAAUUGGAAGAACUGCUAAGUUUAAUAAGGUUCGAACCAUCACGACUAAAUCCAACUCCAUCAAGCAGGGGAAGAUGGGGCCCCUGCCGGUCUCCAUGAAUGGGAAGGAAGAUUACCUUUGGUGUACAGAGUUGGAGAGCAUAUUUGGUUUCCCGAAGCACUACACAGAUGUGAACAACAUGGGCCGAGGACAGAGGCAGAAGGUCCUGGGACGUUCUUGGAGCGUUCCUGUUAUUCGGCACCUGUUCGCUCCUCUCAAGGAUUAUUUUGAAUGCGAGUCCUAGUCAACCUCGUGUAUCAUUCAGUGGUAGGACCAAAACUGACGUUCAGUAGGAGAAGAGUUGAGCAGAUGUAGAAUUUCGAAUGUUCUACCUACAAUCUCUACAGUCCACUUUUCUAUCAAAUGAAUUACCUGUUAGAUGUUUUUUUUGUGUUUCUGCAGACUUUGAUCUCACAGAAUUUUAAAGCUGUUUUUUUUUUAUUGUUACGAAGUUUUUAGUGUUUUAACGUGGCUUGGUCAGUUGUCCUGUGUGAUCAAGCCCUUCAGAAUGCACAGACACUUUCUUGGUUUUAUUUUUACAUCUUAUUUACUGUAUAUCUAUUUUAUAUACUUUUAUGACUAGGAUUUAAUAUUAUUGUUUAUUUUUUACGCUGAAAAGAGCCAGGUAGAACACCCAUCCACUACCUCAGUGACAUUCUGUGAUUCAUCGUCUGUAGAAAUACUGUUUAGUUAUUUAUAAUUUAAGGAAUGAAAUUUGGCUACAAAGACAUUUUUGACUUGUCAGGAUUUUAAGGUAAUUUAGUUCAGCAGUUUUUAUUUUUUUACCUAUAAAAGUUAUACAAGCGGUUUGCAUUAUGACCACCUCCUUGUAUAUACACUCCCUGUCCACCUUAUCAGCUCUUAUAAACUUUUUUCAAUACUAUAAUUACACCAGUGUUGCUUGAGUUUUUAAAGGAAAGCUGGAAGCAGGAAGCUGCCUAUAUGACACUAAUGGCUGGAUAUUUCUUGUUAGACUAUUCUCAUUCCAGCAGUGACACUGGGGUGUUUAAAAACUCAAGCAGCACUGCUGUGAAAGGAGGCAAGAAAAAGGAUUUAAAAAAGUAUGCAGAGAAACAGAUGGACAAGGAUGUGGUCAUAAUAUUGUGACUUGAGUGUGUAUAUACCUAAUCAUCUUUUAAAAAUUGUAAUAUAAUCAUGUUUGCCCAUGUGCCCUAGCACACAGUACUUUUACACCCACCAUCCUCAUUGUCUAUUUUUACAAUACUAAGUCUGUAAUAUAUUUUUUAUGGUAAAUUGUUGUUUUUAAUGCUGAAUCCUUAUGAUUCAUGUUUCAAAACUCACAGUACAGUACACAGUAACUGACAGUAUCUGAUGCUAUAUAUUGCAUCAGGAAAAAAUGUACUGUUUUUACUGAAAUCUUUCAGAAGAUGUAGACGUCAGAGAGAGACCCACUGUAAAGAUUUUAAAGAAAGUGCCUACAAGACAAAGGACAGUAGAUCUUUUAAUCAAACUACUCCAGGUAAUUCUGAAGGAAAGCUUUAGAAUAGAAAGAUUUAAGAGUAGAAUUGGCUGAGCAGACUGUUAACAGUGAUUACAUUCAAUGUAACCAUUAGAUAUACAUGUUUGUUGUAUUCCAGGUGCUUAACAAAGGUGCUAACAAAAAACGCAUUUCUCCAUUUAAAACAAUGUCUGGAAAAAUGCAUGGUGCUCUUAUGAGGAAGCUCUAUAACUAGUAUUUAUGCAGUAUACAGAAUCUCCAUAAUUAUCUGUCUAGCACUGUUAAACUGUUAAUUGAGUGUUGUUUUGAUAUAUUUUACUCUAUUGUUUUUUAAGUAUUGAGUCUGAAUCAAACAACACUGUUACCACUAUACAACUGGGUUUUAUUUUAUAUUAUUGCCAUAAAUUGCCAUUUUCAUAUUAAAUGUUUUUGGAUUUUAUGUGCAGUGACUGUAAGGAUGUCUGCUAAAGUUGUAGAGUUCUGGAGAGAACUCUUUUUUUUUACAUCAAGUACCAUGUAUGAAAAGUCACUUAUGUAAGUUAUGCUGUGUUACUUUUACCUCGAAAGCCAGAUUUCAGAGCUGGGAUUGAUGUCACUCGAGUUGAAGAACUUCAGUUAAACAUUUUGAUCAUUUUAACACGAUUUAUAAGAAAAAACAGCUAGUUGUGUACCACAACAGAUUUUACUAGCAUUUACUGGUCUUUUACAACUGACUUUACCACUUUUAAUGUCCAAGGAUAGCAUUGUUGGUGUUGUUCGCAUUUUUAGCGAUACUAAAUAACAUUGCAUUAUACAUUGCACAUCCAAACCCUGUAAAAACAUUGAUUUAGUUGUGUACCUGUCCAUUUUUAUAUAUCAUAAUGUUAUUACCACAUCAUGAGAAUCUCUGGAGCGUGACUCCAGCCGCAGCAGGUCUUUACAGUUGUAUAGCUGAAACUGUGUUAGAUUAAUACAUUUAUUUCUUUUAUUUUGUUUGUGUGUGGAAGAGUCUUUCAGGACUUUAUUUGGUGCUAUGUUCUUGUACUGAACAUCAGUUAUGUUAACAGUAGCUUUAGGCUUUUGUACUUAAAAUCUUUUGAUCUAAAAAUGAGCAUUUCACAAGCCAAGGGUGAUUUUCUGGUGUAUACCACAAAGAUUAUUGGGAAGAUUAUUUUUUAAUCAACAAUUAGAAAAUGGGGCUCAGGAUUGUUUUUAUGUAUCAAUUUGGUGUUCACAUGAGCGUAAUCAAACCUGAAAAUGGAAAAGUACUUGAUAACAAAUAAACACUAGUUUAAUUAAUUCUCAA